AUGCAAUGCCGGUUCUCGGCUGCACUUUCCUCACGCUGUCAGAUCGUGAGGAAAGUACUGCCGAGAACCGGCAGUUGUCAGAGCGGGGAUCGGCACCGAUCAUCAGGGCACUGAUGAUCAGUGCCCUGAUGAUCGGUGCCCAGCAGUGACACCCGCAAGUUUCGCCCACCUGUGCCCAGCAAUCACCCACCUGUGCCCAGCAGUGCACCCACCUGUGCCCAGCAGUGCAUCCACCUGUGCCACUCUGCAGUGUCACACACCCUGUGCCCAGAAGUGCCACCUACCUGUGCCCAGCAGUGCCACCCACCUGUGCCCACCCACCUGUGCCCACCAGUGCC